AACACCAUAAAGAACAUGUACAAAGAAGUCAAACAACCACUUAACACUGAAAACCCGAAAUCCCAGAAAAUCUCAUCAGAUUUUCCCUCGAAAAUAUCGGUGAUGGAAGAUUCGCGGGAAAUACUGCUGAAGUCGUUGGAGAAUUCCGGCGUCUGCCUCCCGGACGACGUGUCGUCUGUCAAGGACCUGACGCCGGCGACCUUGGUCUCGAUCUGCGCCCAGUCUCUCAACCUCAUCGGCAGGACCGCGCCGUUUCCCACCUCCCUCCCCGACUCCUCCGUCGGCGACCAGUUCAAGCUCUGUACCGACAUCGCUUCCGGGAUCAAGAGCCUCGGUUACCUCGCGGACCUCAGCUUCCAUCAGUUCUUGUAUCCGUCUGAAGAGGACUCAUACAAGUUAAUAAGAUUCUUGGUGGAGAGGCUUUCAGAUUUGUCUGAAGUUGGUGAAAAAGCUGGUCCCAAGGGUGUCAGCGAUAAAAGGGAAGUGAAAGAAGAUGGCUUUCAAAGCAGUUUGGAGGACCACAAAACUCGUGAUGAGGGACCAGAUCUUAGUCAUGAAAAAUCUCGAACCAAAUUGGACAAAGUCACAUUGAUCGGUGAAGUGCCUGAAAUCGCUGUCAAUGAUGUGUGUAGCUCUAGCAUGGAAGGAUUCAACAAGGACAGACGAACUAAUGUAUUUAGCGGGAAUCAUUCGACUGAAAAAGUGCAAAAUCAGGAGCAACUGCUCAUGGAGGAGGUUAAAGCAAAAACUUCAGAACUAGAACACCUUGAAGAAGAGUUGAAAUUGUUAAAAGAAGCAGCAGAUAUGGCAUUUGAUGUCCAUCAUUCUGUUGAAUUUCACCUUGAGAAACUUAAUGAGCAAGUAGAUGUUCGAAAGCAUCACCUUGGGGAGUUGAUAUCACAGUGCAGGGAAGCAGUCAGAAAGCCUUUGGAAGAGAAAAUGAAAAGUCUUCAGGAGUCUGUAUAUGCAAACAACCCAUACGCUCAGGAAAAGCUCCAAAAGCUGAAAGAUUAUGAACUGGAAAAAGAAUCCAUCUUAUCUGAAAUUCGGAAAAGGGAGGAGGAAAUUUCUAAACUGUCUACGGAUCUAGAGAAGCAGCCUAAACUGUCAUCAAGAAGGUCCUACAUUGAAAGGGUAAAGGAGAUCACCAAGAACAGUCGGAAGCAAGAAGCUGACAUAGAGCAGAUCUUAAAAGACACCAGGGAGCUUCAGUUAGAGAGUAAUUCUAUUCAAGAACGUCUUCAUCGAACGUAUGCUGUUGUAGAUGAAAUGGUGUUCAGAGAAGCAAAGAAAGAUGCAGUUGGGAGGCAGGCUUAUAGGCUUCUCACUAGCAUCCACGAGAGCUUCGAACAAAUUCGUGAGAAAAUCCUGGCAACCGAUAGAACCCGACGAGAAGUGGGUGAGCAUGAGAAGAAGCUAGCAGCCAUGGCUUCGCGAAGCUUAAAUGUAGACAAACUACAAGCCGAUCUCGAUGCCAUUAGGAGGGAAAAUGAGUACGUAGAGAAAUGUCUGAGAGGAUAAAUAAGUGCACUCUUUGUAACUAUAAUCCUUUCUUUCAGUUUUGAAUUUAUACACAGUAAUUACUUGAUUGUAUUCAUUUAUUAAGAGGAAGCAUUGAAAUA